AAGAAAGCAAUAAACAUUUCUUCAAAUUAUUCAUCUUCUUUUCUGUUUCCAACAUAGUAUCAGAGUUAUAAGCUCCUGAUUCUUCUUCUUUUUAUCAUCACUGCUUGGUUUUUGAGUUGGAUUUUUAGAUCUAUUCAAGAUCUGAAACUUUGUCAUUGGAUUCUCUUCUCUUACAAAUUGGAUUGUUCAUUCUUAAUUUUCAAGCCUUUUUUGAGACUCCAUCGUUAGUCAUAAAUAAUAGAUCUUCAUUUGAAUGUCUACAUGGUAUUCCUCCUGCCUAGAACUAUUUCCUAAUGACGCUAAUGUAGAUACAUUUGAUGAGCUCUAUGAUGCCUCUCCACUUGCUCCAUCUGGUUCUAUAGAAGAUGCUUUGCCUGUUGGUAAUGCAUUAGACAAUGUUGAGUCUUCUUCCCUUAAAUUUUCUGUAUCACUUGUUGGAUCUUACCUUGUUGAUAAUGACCCUAAAAAUGAGAUCCUUAAUCCACCUUCAAGUCAUCCUACUCCGAUGGAUGUGAAAAAUGCCUAUCUAAAUGGUGAUCUUGUAGAAGAAGUUUACAUGAAACCACCUCUUGGACUUAAGCAUCCUCCAAACAAAGUUCGUCGAUUGAAGCGAGUUUUGUAUGGCUUGAGACAAGCACCUCGAGCCUGGUUUGACAAGUUUAGUACCACCAUCAGUGAAUUUGGUUUUACUUCUAGUCCUCACGAUACUGCGUUGUUCAUACGCAAGACUAAUCAUGGUAUGUUUCUACUACUUCUUUAUGUUGAUGAUAUGAUCAUUAUUGGGGAUGAUGUUUUAGGUAUUUAUGAUCUUAAGCAAUUUCUCAGUCAUAAGUUUGAGAUGAAAGAUCUUGCUGUCUUGAGUUAUUUCUUGGGACUUGAGGUCACCUCUUCUAAUGAUGGUUAUCUUCUCUCCCAAACAAAAAAUGCUUCUGAUCUUAUAUCUAAAGUUGGACUCAUUGACACUAAAAUUGUAUCUACUCCUCUUGAACCAAAUAUACGACUUACACCCAUGGAUGGUUCUCCAUUAGCUGAUGCUACUUGUUAUAGACAGUUGGUUAGAAGUUUGAUUUAUCUCACUACAACACAACUAGACAUAGCUUAUGCAGUUCAUGUUGUUAGCUAGUUUAUGGUUACACCUCGCUCCACUCACUAUGCGGCAGUACUUCACAUCUUUCGCUAUAUUAAAGGUACCAUUUUUCA